AGGAAAGGCGGGGCCAAGGGCGUGGCUUCUCGAGGGCAAAGGUUUGAAGCAUCAACAUGGCGGCUCCCAUGCAGCUGAGCUGCUGGGGUGCCGAUUGGGGGUUGCCGUCCGUGCACGCGGAGUGCCUCGUUGUCAUGGCUUAUGCCAGGUUUUCCAGUGCACCACUGAAAGUGAAUGUUAUUGAUAAUUUAUGGGGAGCUCCGAGAGGGAAUGUACCAGUAUUGAUAUCAGGUGACAGUGUUAUUUCUCAACCAGCAAAUAUACUAAACUUCUUAAGAAAACAGGAAUAUAACGCUGAUUAUGAACUGUCAGCAAAAGAAGGAGCUGACACACUGGCAUACAUUGCACUACUUGAAGAAAAACUACAUCCUGCUCUGCUGCACACUUUCUGGGUUGAAGCUGAUAAUUACUACAAUGUGACAAAACCAUGGUUUGCUUCAAGGAUUCCAUUUCCACUGAGUUGGUACCUACCUGGAAAGAUGUCCAGGGAAGCACGUAAUAGGAUCUUGCUGACAAAGGGGGGCCCUCCGCUCUACAGUCUCACGGAAGUUGAAUCGCAGAUCUAUAGAGAUGCCAAGGAGUGCCUGAAUCUUCUAUCAAGCAGAUUGGGGACUUCUCCAUUUUUCUUUGGGAAUAUGCCUACAACUCUGGAUGCCUUUGUAUUUGGUUUUCUUGCUCCUCUUUAUAAAGUACCAUUCCCCAAAGUCCAGUUACAAGAUCAUUUGAAGCAGCUUCCCAAUUUAUGUCGCUUCUGUGAUGACAUUCUGAGUUGUUACUUUAGACCAAACACUUCGGGAUCCACGUCAGCGCUUCAAGAGACAGUUGAUGCAAAUCUGCAGAAACUCACACAGCUUGUAAACAAGGAAUCUAACUUAAUUGAAAAGAUGGAUGAUAAUCUUCGUAAAAGCCCUCAGCACCCUCCACGGAAAUUGACAACUCUCAAACUUUCUACAGCUGGGGAAGGAAAUAGUCCACUGAAUCGCUUAUCGCCUUGAGAGUUUUAGUUUUUCAUAUUUGUGUGCUUUGAUUUGAUGGCAGUCUCUCAUUGAUCUUUACACAGAUUCUGUGAACAUGAAGUUAGGGAGAACGGUUAAUUGACUUAUAGGUGCAAGCACAUUCAUUUAAAUAAUGCACUCUGUAGUCAUAUAGGAAACAAUGUCCAAGUUGACCACUGGCAGAAUCGUUAAGCAAUGUAUAGUACUGUAUGAAGUUGCCUUAAGUGCUGCAUAAUGCUUGCCCUUUAGGGUUUGUGCAUUUCUUGACCAAAAGCUAAGAUUCUACUUUAUGUAAUAUGCAAAUACAUCACCCUCUUCUGCUGAUUAAGCUUUCUAUUUUGACUACAAACAUGUUACAGCUCAGCUAGGUUGUUCUUAUGUUGGGAUAGCACUUGAUCAUCACUUCUAGCAUUUUUAUAGAUUUAGCAUUUUAUAGUUCAGCACACUAUCAACCUCCGCAUGCCUGUUCUCCCCCCACCCUAAAUAGAAGCCUCAAGGAAGUGAGUGAUUCAGAUUGGGACCACUGUUUGGGGGGAGGGAGUUUAACCCUGUACCCUUCCAUGGCCCCAAUUCAGAUUGGGUCCCUUUACAGCAGCAAUUUGCCCUGGAUAACGUUGACAUCAAUGGCAUUUUUCUCCAGGGCAAACACUAGCUGGGAUGUGGUGGAACUGAUUGGGAUCUUGGCAGAAGCAAAGCUCAGUCAGCAAAGCUUAAAUCCCACAUCUUAGUCCCACUGUGUGUAUCCCUCCCACAUUGCAGCUGCUGUGGUGGGGGGAACAGGCAUGCAAGGGCCAACAAUGUGCUUAACGUAAUGUGUAGUUUGGUCCUUCAAUGGCACAAAUACUAAGAGAAAACUAAAAUGUUACUCUUGGUAGCAAGUGAGCUGAGAAGCUAUGAGGUAUUUGCUAUUUUGUAUAUGUUUUUGCAAGCGAUGAUCAUUGUAGAUAGGCUAUUUUUAAAAUGAAUUUAGAUUUUAAAGUUAAUUAAAAAUUAAUUUUAUUGGCACUUCUAAUAUGAACCUUUAUUCCGAUCUAGUCACAUUUAGUAAUAGUACAACCUUGAUUAGCCUCCUUCACAAUGUACUCACCUUUAAAACUCAAUGCAAAGGUUGAUGGUAUCAGUUAAGAGGUCAAACUAGAAAACCUGUUGCAGGCCACGAUAGAAUAUGUAUCUAAUACUGGCAGCAUUUUAUCUGACUGUAAGGAUUCAUUAGUUUUUUCCUCUCAUGUUUAUCCAGUAACAAGAUUCCAAUACACACACACACACACACACACACACACACACACACACACACACCUGCCACUGGAUCAGUAGUUUCUAAAAUUGAUCCAAGAUGGGGGUGGAUCGGGACCUGUCUAGCUAAAAGGCCACAGACUCUUUUUCCACCUGAAUCUCCCUGGUCUGAGCUGGGAGAUUUGCCAAGCCAGUGCUACCUCCUCUCUUUGGCAUAUAGGCUAGCAGAGAAGAUUGGCUGCCAGCUGAGACACUGUCUGGUUGCCGUGAUAAGCUGCAGCUCUGAGGGCCAGUUCCAUCAGCCAGGCUCCAGAGUCCACAUGAGAGGUGGAGUCUGGGGAGUUCGGCUUAAAAGGACUGGGGCAAGCCAGCGGUGCAGCCACCAGUAGGCGUGCUGCCUGAAGGCAGCUGCCAAAGCUGGCGGCCAAAGGUGGCCAGUUUUUGGUGCCGGGGCUUCACUGUGGGACUGAGGUCUGAGGGGAAAUUAUACUCAAGGUCCUCCCAUUUUAGAUUGACUUGUUUGUUCUUGUUCUUUAUUUUAGUGGUUUGUGCCAGGCUGCUUACAGGGAUGUUUCUGGGCUCUCUAGUUAAGGAUGGAGCAGGGGUGGUGUUCAGUGAGAUGAGGGCAGUUAGUUCAGUAGUGGUGGGGAAUAGAGGAUUGAGUGUUGGCAGGCCAGCAUGCUGUUACAGGGGAAGGGAGUCCAGUAACUUAAUGUAUUCCCUUCCAGCUGCCCUCUUAGCUCUUGGGCCUUGGGGAGUAGUUCUAACUCCCCACUGAACCUAACCAUGCUCCUCUGUAAUGUCAGGUUGAUUCAAAAUAAGAUCAAAAUCUUCCAUUUGAUUGUGGAUGAAGGAGCCAACCUGGCUUGGAUAACUGAGACCUGGUUGGCGGAUGUUAGUGGUCCUGUGUCGGCCCAAAAUCUUCCCCCAGGGUACUCUGUUGCUGAGCAGGUUUGGGGAAGUGAGCAAGGGAUUGGAGUGGCUGUGGUCCAUAAGAAUAACAUCUCCCUUACCAGGAUCACAGUGAGAUAAUUGACCUAUAUUGAGAGUGCGUACCUUAGGUUGUGGACUUGGGAUUCUGUUGGCGUAUCAUACAUACCACUGCCUAACAGACUCCCUGACGGAGCUAGUUGCUGAGUUGGUGUUGGAGUCGCCCAGGCUUUUGGUCCUGGGUGACUUCAAUAUUCACUUUGGGACUGGCGCUGCUCAGGAGUUCAUAAUGGCCAUGACAACUAUGAGCCUAUCCCCAUUAGUCCUUGAACCUACACAUGUUGCUGGUCACAUGCUGGAUUUGGUCUUUUGCUCAGAUCAGGGGGGUGUUCCUUGGGUGGGGUCUCCUGUAGUUUGCCUAUUGUCAUGUAUGGACCACUUCCUGGUUUUUGUCUCACAGAUACAUCUAAUUCCUGCAGGGGUGGCAGAUCUAUUAGAAUGCUCUGCUCGAGAAGGCUGUUGGAUCCAGUAAGAUUUCAAAGGGCCUUGAAGGGUUUUGGCAUUGGCUCUGCUGGUGAUUCUGUCAAUGCCCUGGUGGAUACCUGUAAUAGGGAACUUACCUGGGCAGUAGACACAAUAGCUCCGAAGCGUCCUCUCUGACUUGCUUCAAAAUCAGUUCCAUGGUGUAUGGAAGAGCUAAGGUAGCUGAAUUUGAUAAGACUCAGCAUAGAGCCCAUUAGAAGGCCUGUGCUGUGGCAAUACAUGUAGCAAAGAAGCAAUUUUAUUCUGUGUGUAUUGCCUCUGCAAGUUCUCAUCUGGCAGAGCUGUUCUGGAUUGUUAGAGGUUUAACUCAAGCCCCUUCUGUUUCAAAUCUGUUUCCGGCAAUCCCAACUUCUGGUGUUGGGACAGCUAUGCUAACAUUGGGCAUGCCAUCCAUGUCCAACUCACCAAUAUCAGCAUAUUCUGCCCUACUUGUGGUUCCCAGCCUAAAACCAACUUCAAAUCUUGAUCAUGGCUCGGUUUGGAACUGCAAGUAGGCCAGAAAAUGCCAAUGUUGGCAGAUUUGGAUGACAUGCCCAAUGUCAGCAUAACCAUCCCAACACAGAUGUUGGGCUCAUGGCACACUCUGAACCGGUGGUUUAGCAUUUUUCAUGUCAUGCGAACUUGCCCUAAUUGAAGGAUGGCCAAGUAAUUGGGGUCUGGAUCAGAUGCUUGGGGGCUGGCCACAGGAAUAUGCCCACAAAGUAGGAUGGCAAACAAGAACACCCAUCGCUGAAUCUGUGUUAUCACUUCCCAGAGGUGUCUGCCACUUUGUGUGGAGGACUUUUCCAAUUUCGAAAGAGUUUUGUCCACAGUUUCCAACCGGGCAUGACGGAGAGGCCUCUGAGCUGUCAUUCCACACAGGUGGAGUAGGUCCAGUACAAAGCUGAGAAGGGGUUCCUAGACCAUCCUUGGCCCUCACUGUUUCAAAACAAGCUUUUGAAUUUUCUGUAUAUCAGCAAAUAUUAUUGAAAAAGCAUUCGGCCAAAAUGGCAGCUACUCUUAACCAAAAUGAUCACCUAGAGUUUGAUUAUAAAGAAACAGUUUUCAUGGGAUAUAAAAUGCAGCUCUUGUCUCUGCUUUUAUUUUGUCAAGUCAAUAAACCUGGCAUUUUCCUCUAAAUUAUUUGCAGUGUUCUGUAUAUGUAGUGAAAUAGUAUACAAACAAACCUGUACAUUGUGUAUAUAAGUGUACUUACAGAAUAUUAUGUUCUAAAAAGGGAAUGUAAAAACCUUUCAUGUAUCUUGUUAUUUAUAACAAUUUUGGAUGUCUAAAAAUAAAUUGCUUCUAGAAUGUU